AUGUCCGGCUUGCAAGACGCAAUGGGCCACACGGGCCGCUCGGACGACGCGGUGCACAACGGCAAGCUCCGCAGCGAGGAGGAUGGCGGCUCGGUCGACAAGACGGUGCACGCUGCGUACGCCGACGAUGGCGACGAGCUCGGUGUGACGACGACCGAGCAGGCGCAUCUCAAGCGCGGGCUGGAGCAGCGCCAUCUGUCGAUGAUCGCGCUUGCCGGCUCGAUCGGUACGGGUCUGUUCUUGUCGUUGUCGGGCUCGAUCCAGACGGGCGGUCCGCUGGGUGCACUGCUCGGAUACGCCGUGGUGGGCGCCAUCGUCUGCUCGGUACAAUUUGCGCUCGGCGAGGUCUCGGCGCUGCUGCCUGUCAGCGGCUCGUUCGUGCGCCAUGCCGCUUUCCUCAACGACCCCGCGUGGGGCUUCGCAGCGGGCUGGAACCUGGUGUACGGCAACGUGCUUUCCAUCCCCAGCGAGAUCUCGGCAAUCUGCGUGCUGUUCCAGUACUGGACGGAUAUCAACUCGUCGUUGUGGAUCAUGGUGUUCAUCCUGCUCACGUUCAUCGUCGGCGUCGCAUUCGUGCGCGUGUUCGGCGAGGUCGAGUUUGCGUUCGCAUCACUCAAGCUGCUCACGGUGGUGUUCCUGAUCAUCUUUGGUCUGGUGGUCAACCUGGGCGGCGUGCCUGGUGUCGAGCGCGUCGGAUUCCGAUACUGGAAGACGCCCGGUCCGUUUGUCGAGUUCAUCGGCACGGGCGCCUGGGGUAGGUUCCUGGGCUUUUGGUCGGUCAUGACCAACGCCGUGUUCAGCUUUGCCGGCAUCGAGUCGCUCGCCAUGGCGGCGGCUGAGACUCGCAAUCCGGGCCGCACCAUCCCGCGCGCGUGCAAGCGCGUGUUCUUCCGAAUCGUGCUCUUCUACCUGCUCGCCGUGCUCGUCGUGGGCAUGCUUGUGGCGUCGGACGAUCCGCGCCUCAACGACGAGUCCGGAACGGCGGCACAGUCGCCGUUUGUGAUUGCAGUCUCCACGGCUGGAUACUCGGCGGUGGGCUCGGUGGUCAAUGCGAUCGUCAUCACGUCCGCGUGGUCGUCGUCGAAUCAGGCCCUGCUCGCCGGCACGCGUGUGCUCUACGGUCUUGCUCUGAAGCGCCAGGCGCCAAGCCUGUUCCUGCGCACGACGAGCUGGGGCAUCCCGAUCUACUGCGUGCUCUUUUUCACUGCAUUCAUGUUCCUCAGCUUCAUGACGCUCAGUUCGGGCGCACUCACCGUAUUCUACUGGUUUGUCGCGCUCACCUCGGCGGGCGUGCUGGUAUCGUGGUGCACGGUGCUCUUCAACCACAUCCGCCUCAAGACCGCACUGCGAAGGCAGGGCAUCCCUGCGUCGGAGCUGCCGUGGAACAACGGCUGGACGCUCUACUCGAGCUAUGCCGGCCUGGUCAUGUGCCUGAUCAUCCUGUUCACCGGCGGAUUCCGCGUGUUCACAAAGGGCAACUGGGACGCCAACAGCUUUGUCUCGAGCUACCUCGACAUCCCGCUCGUCAUCGUCUUCUUCCUCGGAUGGAAGCUCAUCAAGAAGACACGAUGGGUGCGUCUGGACGAGCUGCCGCUCCGGGCGAUCAUCGAGCAGGCCAAGGAGCGCGCCCACCAGGCCGAGAUGGAGCAGCAGGCCGAAGAUGCGCUCAAGGGCAACCGACACCGAUGGCUCAAGUACAUCAGCUGGAUCUGGGACUGA